AUGACAAACGAUCUCUAUCUGAGGACGUCCAGCACAGCUCAUACAGAGAGUCUUAACGGCGUACCAAACCGACAUUUACCAGGCAGAGAUGAGAUGGAUCGUUGUAUCCCCGCCUUCAGCCUUUCACAGCUUGACUUGGCGAUCCCAUGUACGAGAAUGACGAUGACAGUUUCGUAUCGCCAACUGAGGACGAGCGACGUGGUGGCGAUGAACUCAAGCUAAGCAGUGAUGGCAGAUCCUGAUGUUCAUUCUCUUCAUCUGCUGGCGUGGAGAUCACCUUCUCAUAACAUCUAUCACAAAUACGACGUUGUACUCCUUUACCGUCAUCUUCUGUGGUAUGAAAACUUUUGCGUGAGCAUUGAUGGCACACCGACCUCAUACAUAACCUGCAGCGAUGUUCAGCGUCCUCGGGUCGUAAAACGCCAAUCAUCGGAUAUACUUUGUUGCAGAUUUGGCAAUGAGUGUUUCGUGCUAAUGGGAUGCCACUCGAUUCCCGUGGUACUUCACACGAAUCCACUACGGACACAUCCGAAAGAGCACGACACAGACUAUUACAUUCUCCAUCCGAAUCACAUUCGCCAAACGAUACCAUUCUGCUAGCCGUAUCCCUACAUGUACCGUUACCAAGAUUUAUACGUUCCGAAAAACUCCUAUUGCGCUUCAUCUGGUCUAUCUGAUGUUUCUCCAAUUCUCGCUGAUGGGCCUUAUUAAUGAUACGUUGUCGCUCUUCGAUGGGAUCGAAGAAUUUGAUGAGACCAUCCUUGUCUUGACAUUCCUGAAUGCUUUUCCAUGGAUGAAGAGGAGAACCAACAACUACAGUGCAACCGUCUCGUCUAGACGUCGACACAGGUGGUGGAGCAGUGAAGUCGCCCAAAUUAAUCAUCGAUGUAUCCAUGAGAGUAUGUUCAGGAGACGAGGCCCCUAUAUUGAUGGCUCCAUUCGACCCGGAGUGACUCAUAAGCGAUAUUCCAUUGAUAAUGGCGGCGUCCACAUUCGUUGCCGAAUUAAUGCUUUCACUGCUUUUACUUUUUUGAAGUGGCGUUGGUGGAUUGAUUGCUGGCACCGCAUUCGAGCUUGGAUCUUUUAGUGGUGCCGAAAUCGGACCAACUCGUGUCGGAUAUGCAGGGACCGCAUCAUCAUCGAAGGCUCGAUCCCGAUAAACUUCAAUCCAUUCUCGCAAUGUGCUCAUUUCGGUGUCGAAGGUGAUUCUUCCGACGAUCGCCUUGUCGUAUAAGGAGCUCACCACUUGCUCGUUAUUCGGGUUUAGGAAUCUCCAAAUCGAUAUCGGCUCCUCACCCAUCUCCUCUUUCACCAUCUUCGAUUGUCGACGUGAGUUGAACAAAAACGUACCAAACAAGCCCGAGUAUGCAUGCUGCGCUAGUUUGAUGAGAUACUGCUUGUUGAAUUCGAAUGCCGUUGGAAGUUGAUGUUGCAUUUGAUGAACAGCAUCCAAGAAUUGUAGAAAGAUUGGAGACUGUUCAUUGCUGUUUGUGCCUGUGAUACCAUUUCGAUCGGCGAACUUGUGGCCAAACGCAACCCAUUCUAGUCGAAUUAACUCUUCGAAACCCUGCACUGUUCUGUAGUACUCAUCACCCAUCAGCUUUGCCAAAGACACGAUCUGCGUCGUUCUAUCCCAUCCGUCCGAGCAAUGCACCAAAACUGACUGGCCUAAAGAUGUUUGCAUAUAUGCUAUUGCAAAGAUCUAUAACACACGUGGGUGAUGUUGGCAAGUGCUAUUUAACUGACCGUCGAAAAGAGUGUCAACACAUUUUCGUGCAGAGUUCAUGAGGUCUUUGAUGUAUUUCAACCAGCAGGUUCCCUCCAAGGCCGAGAGAUACGACUCCCCCGUUUUAUUCUGAUUAGAACAGAGCAGAGCUCGUAGCUGAUGAAACGAAUAUCGCACAUGGUGGAUAUUGGGCAACGCCAGCCAGUCCACACGAGUUCGCUGGUAGUACUCCGGAUGUUCAAAUCCUCCUCCUUUCGCACGGUUGGCCCAGGCAGCAGCAUAGGAUCUGGCAUCCAUAAUCAACAUAUCCUUGCCAGGCGAAUAAGUGUCGAGAUAUUUGUGAACCAGUUCGAAAAACUUUUCGUCAGCAUUAUUCCUCCACCCAAAAAUGCUCAGCCCUGGUUGACUACUACGUAAUAGCACAGCUCUCGUUUCUUUACACUUCCACACGACAGCAGGCCAUCGUUGUAAAAAUCGAAAGUCCUUUCCAAAAACUAGAUCUUCGCGACUAAUCUCUUUAGGAAUGACCAUGUACUCUGGGUAAGUAGGUGAUAAUCUGAAAAUCAAUAAUUCAGAACUUGUUAGGCAAAGCCCAAAUAAACCUCAAACUGACAUAAAUCCUUUAUUGUCAUCGGAUAUUCGAAAAUGAUCGCGAUCAUAGUCAAGACGUUCGAACUCUUUCCGAACAAGCACUUCAUCGCCAACAGGUUCUGUAUCACUCAACCACGAGUACUUUGACUUUCUUACCUGCUUGGCAAAGUUCCAUGCAAAUAGCUCUUGGCAGUUGACGCGAUUUGCUGCUCUAUAGAGCAUUUUAUGCCAAGAAAUAGCACUUUCGGUUGAUUUAGCUCGUAAGCACGCAACACGCCCUUCUUUACAGCUGAUGAUUAUCUGUAGAGGAUCCCGGAAAUCUAUUGUUUCUAUGGCCACGAGUAGAAUCACACGCAAUGCGCGAUUAUUGGGGGCGAGUAUACAGAUUCUAUAGUCGGUGA